AUGAAUGAUAAUACCUUGGAGAGUCAAGCAUGUUCUCAACCAUAUCGAAGGUUAGAAUUUAAUACUGAAAUAGAUGUUCAAGAUGCAAGCCAGUGUAAUGAAGACGUAAAGCAAGAUGUACUAUUCAACACAGGUGACAUGUUAGAUGAAGAACCAAAAUUGGGAAUGGAGUUUUCUUCUGAAGAAAGUGCAUACAAUUUUUAUAAUAACUAUGCUAAAAAGAUAGGUUUCAGUGCUCGAAGAGGAUGGAUACAAAAAUCAGAUGAAGAUGUCAUGGUUUUCAGACAAUUUUGUUGUUCUAAAGAAGGUCGAAAACGUGAAAAGAAACAAACCGAUCUCGUGAGGUCUACCCAUCCAAUUACAAGAAUGAUUUGUAAAGCAAGCAUGAUGAUUAAGCUUCAGAAGGAUGGAAAAUACAGUGUGAAUAAGUUUGUGGCAAAGCAUAACCAUGAGGUUGUUACACCAACGAAGGUGCACAUGUUAAAGUCACAUAUAAGCUUGACUGAUGAUCAAAAAGUUGAUAUAGAUAUCAUAAAUAAUUCAGGAAUAAUACCACGAGCAGGUAUUGAAUAUUUUAGUAGAAAAGCUGGAGGUCGAGAGAAUAUGGGUUUCACACCAAUUUACUUACAGAGAAAGCGAAUGAAAGCGAUGGAAAAAGGUGAUGCAGGAGCUGUAUUAGAUUACUUUCAACAAAAGCAAAUUGAUGAUCCAUCUUUCUUUUAUGCUAUACAAGUGGAUAAAGAUGAUCAAAUGACGAACAUGUUCUGGGCAGAUGGAAGGUCAAUAGUGGACUACAGUGUUUUUGGGGAUGUUAUUUGCUUUGAUACUACUUAUAGAAUAAAUAGCUAUGGACGGCCUUUUGCUCCAUUUAUUGGGGUAAAUCAUCAUAAGCAAACUGUAAUAUUUGGUGCGGCCUUACUAUACGAUGAAACAAUUGACUCUUUCAAGUGGUUAUUUCAAACAUUUUUAAGUGCGAUGUCUGGAAAACAACCAAUGACAAUACUAACAGACCAAGAUGCUGCAAUGGCCAAUGCAAUAGCUUCAGUGAUGCCAGAAACAUAUCAUCGUCUGUGUAUAUGGCAUAUAUACCAAAAUGCUGCAAAACACCUUAGCAAUGUAUUUAAUGGUUCAAAAAGUUUUGGUUCCGAUUUUAGUAAGUGUGUAUAUGAUUAUGAGGAAGAGGAAGAGUUUCUAACUGCAUGGAAUAACUUGCUCGAGAAAUAUGAUUUAGUUCAGAACAAGUGGCUACAAAAUUUAUUUAAAGAAAGAGAGAAAUGGGCUAUGGUUUAUGGAAGAAAUACAUUUUGUGCUGACAUGAAGAGUACGCAACGAAGUGAGAGCAUGAAUGGCGUAUUGAAAAAAUAUUUGAGCUCCAAAUACAAUCUUUUACGUUUCUUCACUCAUUACGAACGGGUAGUGACCGAACGACGAUACAAGGAAUCUAAAGCUGAUUUCAAUAUGAGGCAGAGUACCCCAGUAUUGUUUGCUGAUAUCAUGAUGUUAAAUGAAGCAGCAAAAGUGUACACUCCAGAAAUAUUUGAAAUAUUUCAAGAUGAGUAUAAGAAGUGGCUAAGUCAUGCAAUGUUUAAAUGUGGUGAGUCUGGAACGGUUGUCGAGUUUCGAGUUGUUUCUAAAGGUAAAGUAAAAGGACAUACCAUUAGAUUUGACUCAUUAGAUAGUACAGUGAGGUGUAGCUGCAAGAAAUUUGAAUUUGUGGGGAUCUUAUGUAGUCACGCAUUGAAAGUUUUAAAUUAUUAUAAUAUAGAUGUGCUUCAUCCUCGUUAUAUUCUGAAGAGAUGGCAAAGAGAUGUAAAGGUAGGUUAUGCUAAAGAUUAUACUGGGUUAACAAUACAAGGUGACCGCAAUGUUACUUCAGGUAAACGGUACAAUCACUUGUGUCACAAGCUUUUGAAAGUUGCUGCAAUUGCCAGGGAACACGAAGAGGUCUUCAAAGUGGCCGAUAGAUAUGCGAAUAUAUAUCAUGAUCAAGUGGUAGACUGUAUGAAAAGAAUCAAGGAACUUCCAUUAAUGUCUACUGAAGUUGUUGAAGAAAGUGAAGAUGAUGAACCUACACGCCAUUUGCCGACCAAAAGUGUAGAUACCAAACAUGCACACUCUGAGUCGACAGAAAGUUUACAUACUGAAAUUGCACCCUCUAAUCUGACCGAAAGUGUACAUACUGAAAGCAUAUGCCCUGAGCCAAUUGAAAUUGAAAACACUGGAAGCGGACGCUCUGGGACAAUUGAAAAACAAGUUACUUUUGUUGAUAGUUUGGGUUCACAAAUUGUAAGAGGGAUUAAAGUAAAACCCAAAGUUCGAGGCAACCACCGUGCGUUUAAAAAUCCGCUAGAUCAAGUAAGGAAGAAAAGAUCCUUACCUAAAACUGUUCAACCACAAGCAAGUCAAAUGUCGAUGGUGAUGGGAAAUAACUAUGCACCAAACGUCAUGCAGCAUGCAUCAUUUCAACCUUCACAUUAUAUGGUGAUGGGAUACCUUCCUGACCCUAGUGGAUCUAUCAAUGCAUCAGUGGCUCAGUAUAGGUACCAACUACCUAAUACUAGCAUGUUCCAACAAAACCUUUUCAACGUCGGAUGUCAGGUAAAAGUGAAAGUUAAUUUUGUAAACUUGUAA